AAUUCCUGUUUGGGGCAGCGUUUUCUCUCUGCUUUUGGACUGUCAAACCAAUGCACCGACUUUGAUGUAGCCGGGGGUAUCACCUGUUUGCGCAUCUUCGAAGCUGCUUCAAUGACACGAAUGUCGUGCAAAGGGUUAUCGGCCACAAGAAGGGCUGAGGCGACAACCUGUCCUGUGUGCUUCCAUCCGAGCAGCACGUGCGCUUUUCUGUGCUUUACCGCUUUCGUCAGCAGAGGAGUGCCCGAACGAGGCAGCACCGUGGCUGCUGAUAUAGUCAGCAACGGCAACUAUCUCUCGGAGCGCCAUGCCGCGGUCGAAAGACGCCUGAAAGUUGUUUGGCGAUAUGGUUGGCAGGGGUGACAGUCGCUUCUUGGCGGAGCGUCGGGCGAUCGAUAGCGGGGGUG